AUCGCGCUAGCACCCCAUACCCGACCCUUACUCUCUGCAUCAAAUAAGCACGCCUCUGAAUAUGAGAAUCCCUUCAUUAAUCUUAAUUAUCCCGCUAUUGGUGCCAGUGACGGCCGAGUGGUACCCCAGAACCGGUGAUGACGAGGUCCCACCCAUGAUUCCUUAUGAUAACAACCAAGAAAUCCCGCUAGAGUGCACCCAAAGGGACGUCGAAAACAAUGGCGAGCACAAGUUUGACGAAAACAUGAAUGUCUUGUAUGCCCCGUUCCCUCUGUGUGCUGAGACGGGCAAGCCCAUUGCUUUCCACUAUGGCACAGACGCUGAGUUCAAUUGCACCUUUAGCUUUACCGAUGAAUUGUUUCACCAAUUUCAAUACUACGUUCACGAAGAUGCCCCGUUUUCCUGUCGUUUGCCGUUGAGUAACCCCGACUCGGGCGAGGCCAAGUCCGAAAAGGCCUACAUCCCGUUGAGAUUCAACUUUAGGGGUAACAUCCAAGAGUCCCACUUAGACAUCGACGACUCGAUCAACGUGUUGUUUACCAGUGCCAUAGAACAAAACACGCCCAUCAGCGCCAUCUCUUGGUCUUCCUCUACGGAAGCGAACAGAUACGUGAUUGGGGACUCCAUGACUUUGAAGGUUGCAGUUAAAUGGUUCAAAACAAGCGGUACCGGUACUUCUGAAACCCCCAUCAACGGCGGUUUCUACAAGUUGCCUAACUCUUUGAACGGUGUGUCUACGCCUGUUUACAUCCUCUCGCUUAUAGUUUGUAUCCUCUUGACUGCGGGUGGGGUGUAUGGUAUCGUCUAUUCCCGCUUCUCCAAGAAGGCAUACACCAUGGGAUAUCGUCCUACUAUCGACCAUGAAACCGCCGUCGGAAAGAAGGACUAGGCAUUUCUGUAGUCAUCCACGUCAGUUGUUGUAUAAUACAUGUGUUAACAAUCCUGCA